AAUUAGAGAGAGUGAGAUGAGGGUAAAGGAGGUUGAAUUAGAGAGAGUGAGAUAAGGGUAAAGGAGACUGAAGGGAAGAGAGUGAGAUGAGGGUAAAGGAGGUUGAAGGGAAGAGAGUGAGAUGAGGGUAAAGGAGGUUGAACGGAAGAGAGGGAGAUGAGGGUAAAGGAGGUUGAAUUAGAGAGAGUGAGAUGAGGGUAAAGGAGGAUGAAGGGAAGAGAGUGAGAUGUGGGUAAAGCAGGUUGAAUUAGAGAGUGAGAUGAGGGUAAAGGAGGUUGAAGGGAAGAGAGUGAGAUGAGGGUAAAGGAGGAUGAAGGGAAGAGAGUGAGAUGAGGCUAAAGGAGGUUGAAGGGAAGAGCGUGAGAUGAGGGUAAAGGAGGUUGAACUGGAGAGAGGGAGAUGAGGGUAAAGGAGGUUGAAUUAGAGAGAGUGAGAUGAGGGUAAAGGAGGAUGAAGGGAAGAGAGUGAGAUGUGGGUAAAGCAGGUUGAAUUAGAGAGUGAGAUGAGGGUAAAGGAGGUUGAAGGGAAGAGAGUGAGAUGAGGUUGAAGGGAAGAGAGUGAGAUGUGGGUAAAGGAGGUUGAAGGGAAGAGAGUGAGAUGAGGGUAAAGGAGGUUGAAGGGAAGAGAGUGAGAUGUUGGAAGAUGAGGAUGAAGGGAAGAGAGUGAGAUGAGGGUAAAGGGGGAUGAAGGGAAGAGAGUGAGAUGAGGAUAAAGGAGGUUGAAUUAGAGAGAGUGAGAUGAGGGUAAAGGAGACUGAAGGGAAGAGAGUGAGAUGAGGGUAAAGGAGGUUGAAGGGAAGAGAGUGAGAUGAGGGUAAAGGAGGUUGAACGGAAGAGAGGGAGAUGAGGGUAAAGGAGGUUGAAUUAGAGAGAGUGAGAUGAGGGUAAAGGAGGAUGAAGGGAAGAGAGUGAGAUGAGGGUAAAGGAGGUUGAAGGGAAGAGAGUGAGAUGAGGGUAAAGGAGGUUGAACAGAAGAGAGUGAGAUGUGGGUAAAGAAGGUUGAAGGGAAGAGAGUGAGAUGAGGGUAAAGGAGGAUGAAGGGAAGCGAGUGAGAUGUGGGUAAAGGAGGUUGAAGGGAAGAGAGUGAGAUGAGGUUAAAGGGGGUUGAAUUAGAGAGAGUUAGAUGAGGGUAAAGGAGUUUGAAUUGGAAAGAGUGAGAUGAGGUUGAAGUGAAGAGAGUGAGAUGAGGGUAAAGGAGGUUGAAUUAGAGAGAGUUAGAUGAGGGUAAAGGAGGUUGAAUUGGAAAGAGUGAGAUGAGGUUGAAGUGAAGAGAGUGAGAUGAGGGUAAAGGAGGUUGAAUUGGAAAGAGUGAGAUGAGGUUGAAGGAGGAUGAAGGGAAGAGAGUGAGAUGAGGGUAAAGGAGGUUGAAUUGGAAAGAGUGAGAUGAGGUUGAAGAGAAGAGAGUGAGAUGAGGGUAAAGGGGGUUGAAGGGAAGAGAGUGAGUAAGAUGAGAUGAGUAUUUGAGUGAGUGUCAGUCUGUCUGAAUAUAAUAUUUAUGUUCCAGGUGGGCAUUGUGUCGUAUGGAGAGAAAGUCACUCACAAUGUCAACCUCAGCCAGUUUGAUACCACUCAAUCCCUCCUGGCCAAAGUGGCGAAACUUCCCCAGCAAACAGGUUUCAAGACCAUGACCGCCCUGGGAAUUGACACGGCAAGGAAAGAGGCCUUCACUGUGGAGCGAGGGGCGCGGCCGGGGGUGAAGAAGGUCAUGAUAAUUGUGACGGACGGAGAGUCACAUGACUUUUAUAACCUCGACAAGGUCAUCAAAGAAUGUGAGGAGGACGAUGUCGAGAGGUUCGGUAUCGCUGUGCUUGGUGAUUACAACAGGAACAACAGAAGCAUCAAGGAGGUGAAGAAAUUCAUUGAGGAGAUCCAGUCGAUCUCCAGCGAUCCUGUGGGAGAUCACUUCUUCAACGUGUCGGAUGAGUUUGCCUUGCUGAACAUCGUAGACGCCCUGGGCAGCAGGAUCUUUGCCUUGGAGGCAACGUCAGGUAACUACACCUCGUCUUUUGAGAUGGAGAUGUCCCAGGCUGGAUUUAGUGCCCACACCUCUAAAGAGGGUGUGAUGCUGGGUGCUGUGGGGGCGUAUGAGUGGAACGGGACAGUAGUGAUGCAUACCAACCAGGGUACCGUGGUUCCUCUAAACGCAGACUUCCAAGACCCCCUGGAUGAAAAGAAGGAGAGCCUGGCGGAGUACGUGGGUUAUGCCGUACAGUCAGCAUCAACCCCUAAUGGUGAAUUAUACAUCACAGGAGCACCGCGGUACAACCACACAGGCAGAGUCAUCGUCUACAAACUGGAUGGGGAAAUCAUCACAGUCACACAAGUACUGAAAGGAGAGCAGAUUGGCUCCUACUUUGGCAGCGUGCUCCAGACGGUGGAUGUUGACCAGGACUCCUACACAGACAUCCUGCUGGUGGGAGCUCCUAUGUUCAUGGGCCCAGAGAGGGAGGAACAGGGACAGGUGUACGUCUACAAACUCAAUGAGAAGGGCCUAUUUGAGCACCAGACCACGCUGAAGCCAGACAACCAGACGUGUUGUACCUCGGCCCACUCCAACGGUUGCACCAUCGUCAACACCAACGGCCCGUGUGGCGCCCGCUUCGGCACCGCCAUCGCAGAGGUCAGUGACCUAGACCUGGACGGGAACCGGGACGUGGCCAUCGGGGCGCCACUGGAGAACGACCACAAAGGGGCAGUCUACGUCUACCAUGGAGCCAAGAAGACCAUCAAGGAAAAAUAUGUGCAGCGUAUCCCAGGCCCUGGAGACGGGGUGAAGACUAAGUUCUUUGGCCAGUCGAUCCACGGAGUCAUGGAUCUGAACGGAGACGGAAUUAUAGACAUUACCAUCGGAGGGCUGGGAGGGGCUUCUCUGUUCUGGUCCAAGGAUGUUGCUGAGCUUUAUGCCAACAUGACCUUUGACCCAAACAAGAUCAACCUACAGCAGCCCUCUGAAGACUGUGUGCUGGGUGAGAGAGCCACCGUGUGUGUGAAGACCAGGGUCUGCUUUAGCUACAGUGUCAAGUCUGAGAAGGACCACACUAACUUGGGAACAGCCAUUAAGUACAACCUGACUCUGGACUCUCUGAGGGCAAAGUCGAGGGCAGCGUUUGUCAACCCUGACGAGAAGAGUGAGAGGAAGAUCCAGGUCACCGCCAACAUCAUAGACGCUCUGUGUCUGGAACAUUCCUUUGCCAUGAAGGCUAAUCUGGACUUCAGAGACCCCAUCAUGAUCUCCCUCGAGUUUGGUCUGGCUGAGGACACAGGCCCCGUCCUGGAUGGAGACUUACCAACGUCACUCAAUAAAACGAUUCCUUUGGUGGACUGUGGGAGCGAUGACAAGUGCAUAGCUGACCUAUCCCUGAAGGCUGUGCCAAGUAUACAAAGUCUUGUGAUCAAAGCCAACAAGGAAAAGUUCCAUGUGCUCAUUACCAUUAGAAACAGUCAAGACAAUGCCUACAAUACCAAAGUCAUGCUCAGCUUUACUGAAAACAUAAACUACGUCAAAGUCAAGGCCAAUGACAAAGUCUGCAGUCUGAAUAAUACCAAAGUUGAGUGUGCUGUGGGAUAUCCAUUCCUCAAAAGCAAUGUAGAGGAGGUGUUUGAGAUCCUGUUUGAAGUCAACCCUGCACACGUCUGGAAAGAGAUUCAGAUCAACGUAACUGCAACCAGUGACAGUGAGGAAUUGAAGACCACCCUCCAUGACAACUCUGUGAGAAUCUCCAUCCCUGUGAAGUACGAGGCUGGACUCAGAUUCACUGCUGACAGGCAUAUGAAGGAGGACCACAUAAUAGUGAAAGAGGGAGAACAGUACCCCAGCAUCUUCAACCACACCAGUGUGAUAGGAGAAGAGGUCAAGAUCAUCUAUACGGUUAAAAAGGAUGUGAAUAUGGAGACUCCUCCUCUAAAGCUGAGGGUGAUGUACCCGUACCUAUCACCUAGAGAGAACAUCCUGCUAUACCUGACACAUGUCACCUCCUCACAGGAUGUGAGAUGUCACAUCAGGGAUCUGAUUAACCCUUUAAAGAUCAACAACAACAACACGCACACCAUCAAUCCUAAAAAAGAGACCCUCAGUGUCUUCCUGGUGGGCUGUAAGGACCACCCGUGUAAGUCAUUUAUCUGCUCCAUCCCUCACGUCAACAACAGCCAGGUCAAUGUUACCUUCAGGGUGUGGAAGCCCACCUUUAUCAAAGCAGAGUUCUCCAGCCUUCACAUGAUUGUUAAUGCCACUCUGGAGAACCUGAACACUGAUCUCUUCGUGUUGAGUGCCACCAAUUACGCCAGAGAUGUGAAGAUCCAGAUCUCUAAAGAGGCUUUGGGAGGUAUACCACUGUGGAUCAUUAUAGUCAGUAUCCUCAUAGGACUGCUGAUUCUGGCACUGGUCAUCUUCGCUCUAUGGAAGGCUGGAUUUUUCAAGAGAAAAUCCAUAGAGGACAUGGAGAACGAGGACAUGAAGAAUUAAUCCUUCCACCACCAUACAGAUCUGUCUGUGCCCCACUGUCUUCAGGUCUGUCUUCAGGUCUGUCUUCAGGUCUGUCUUCAGGUCUGUCUUCAGGUCUGUCUUCAGGUCAGUCUUCAGGUCUGUCUUCAGGUCUGUCUUCAGGUCUGUCUUCAGGUCUGUCUUCAGGUCUGUCUUCAUGUCUGUCUUCAGGUCUGUCUUCAUGUCUGUCUUCAGGUCUGUCUUCAGGUCUGUCUUCAGGUCUGUCUUCAGGUCUGUCUUCAUGUCUGUCUUCAGGUCUGUCUUCAGGUCUGUCUUCAGGUCUGUCUUCAGGUCUGUCUUCAGGUCUGUCUUCAGGUCUGUCUUCAGGUCUGUCUUCAGGUCUGUCUUCAGGUCUGUCUUCAUGUCUGUCUUCAGGUCUGUCUUCAGGUCUGUCUUCAGGUCUGUCUUCAGGUCUGUCUUCAGGUCUGUCUUCAGGUCUGUCUUCAGGUCAGUUAGAAGAGAUACCAUAGGAAAUACCCCAUCAACCAAUUCACCUGAACACCAUCAGGUUAGAAGAAAAGCCAGUCUAUUUAUGGCUAUUCAACAACCAUUCACCUGAAUGUGAUGUGGCCCAUCUACCAGCCUUAAAACCCUGGUCUGGUUCAGUGGAUACAGAAGCCUGGGGAAACAUUGAACUUGUACAGUACACUUUGUUCUUCCAUCUAUUCAUUGUGGGUACCAAGACCUGGACCUAAAAGACCUAAGCUAGAAGGGAAAUCAGAAGAGCGUAAGGAUAAUGGCACCCUAACCCAGACCUGAUCAUAUGCAGCCACACCAGCUUUAUACAACAGGACAAAACAUUCUCAGGUUCACUUACAGCGUCAACAUCCCAAAGACACUAAAAACACCUCAGAUUACAGUAUGGCAUUACACCAAAGUUGUCCAAAUGUCCAAGGCACUCUGCAAUGGAUUAGAAUUCUGUGUUAUAGUUUUUGACAUUUUUGACUAAUAUACUGUAAAUCUAUACCAUGUACUAUAUUUAUUUUUGUUUGGUAUAUUUUGAUAUGUGUUAUUACCUAUAUUUUGACACAUUCAUCGUCUUCUAAGCAUAAUGUUUGCUUUUUGGAACUGAUAUUUUCACAUGAGUGUUUUUCUAGUCUUACAAGCGCAAUCUGUAAAUUAGAUUAUUUUUUUAAACAAAAGUGUUCCUUUGAAUAUUGAAGGGGUCUAUGCAAAUAUACCCUCUCCAAAUAUAUAUAUUCAGUAUAAAAGAAGAGUAGGAAUUUGCUAUUGACAUAAAUACAACGGUUUUAAUCUAGUUUUUGUUUAAUUUUGCUCCCACGUGGGGGCAGAUAAUUUACAGAUUGCUCCUUUACAGUAUUAGGGAAACCUUUGAUUGUCCUGUAAAUGGAAUGUAAAGCUUGUACAUAAAGUUAUAUUUGCAAUAAUUACUAUCAUUUAAGAUCAAGUUAAGUCCAGCAUGUAUCACCAAGGCCCUAUAUAUCAGUAAUAGAGAUAAAAUAAGUAAUUUGCUCCUACAUUUCUCAGGUAUUACUUAUGAUAGUAUGUUGAUAGUAUGGUGAUAGUAUGGUGAUAGUAAGUGGAUAAUUUGAUGAUAGAAUGUUGAUAGUAUGGGGAUAGUAUGAAUUAGAUAAAACAAACAAAUGUAGUAUUUCUAAAUAAAAUACUAUUUAAAAAAUAUGUAAAUAUUGGUACAAAUUUAAAUGUUUGAUAAAUGUGUAUUGGAAUUCGAUGCAUUUUGCAUCAAUUCGCUAAAAUGUUAUUUUUUUGGGAUGAUUUCUCUGAGGAAGCCUACAGUCACAUAGAGCAAUCCAAAAAGGAUCUCAGCGGAGUGUAACUUGAUUCCUGAUGUUCAAACCUGUCAGUACCACAAAACAAAGAGAUGUUUGUCUCAGAGAAGGUCAAACUCUGGAAACUAGGCCAUUGAACGUUACACACAGAGGGUGAUUUGGUCUGAUGCAUAUGAACACCAGGUUAUGCCUAAAGCCCUGUAGUCUCUGGUAUGGCCGGAGCGGUAGCGACUGUCGUGAUUGUGAGUAGAAAUGUUUGAUUCAUGCAUCGUUUCCUCUUUCUCUCCGCCUACAUUCCUCUGCAUAUUUACAUAUUUUGCACAGGCAGUCCGGUGUAACCCCUGACUUUUUAUUGUAUAUAAGAGACACUCAUCAGCUCACCCAUUACUGUUGAAAGCACAUGUAAUAAAUGAAUAAAUAUCUGUAGAAUGUGUAAGAUAACCAUAACACGGGGAUCCUCCAUACUGUCCCCUUCUGGAGAGCUUAUUUGUCACAGCUCAGUAGUGAUAGAGUCACCUGAUCAAGGCUUUGAAGAUUUAAUUACUGAUUAGUUCAAUUGGAACCCAGAACCAAAUCUUGUGUGCUGACCAGCUACGCAACUUGACAUGUAUUAUAAUUUAUGUUCAUGUGUUAAAAGUCUGUCACAGGAUGUUGUUUGCUGUAUCAGGUGUGAUGGCACAUGUGGGACAAAAACCUACUGUACUUUGACUCUCCAGGAGCAGGUUUGAGGAUGAGAGAGAGCGAGAGACUGGAGAGGGUGACUGGAGAGAGGGUUAGGGACUACUUCAGACUGAUGUACUCCAGUCAUACACACUGCUGUGAACUGUUAGUUUAAUACACUGGUUUGUCAUACUGUAUGUACUCUGAUCAGCACAGAUUUGAAAGCAUUGCACAAGCUGUCAAGGAUCUUAUGCCAAAAAAUAAAUAAAUAAAAAUGGUUUUAAAUUAA